CACCCUUCUUUUUUUUAAAUAACAGAAAAUAUUAAAUUAAAAAUGUUGCGAAUUUUAAUAAUCAUAUGCAAAACUUACUAUUAUAAACUGUUACAAUUAUUCUAUUUAAAAUAAUUUAAUUAUUUCUUUUUGAUUAAAAGGUUACCCCAAAGAUUGCAAGAAUUUGUCAAUUAUAUACUAUUAUAAUGCGCGUGAAUGACAAGAGUGUUGGGGCAGUAUUUAUAUUAAUGACGAAGAGAACUGCAGCUUUGUAUACUGCUGUUUUAAGAAAACUGCAAAUGCUCUGUCCGAAUUUAAAAUAUGGUUUAAAACACGUUAUGGUUGAUUUUGAAGAUGCAAUAAAGUUGAGCAUUAAAAGAUUAUUUCCAAAUUGCAAAGUCCAUGGGUGUUGGUUUCAUUCCAAAAAGGCUAUUAAGAAGAAAUGGAAAAAUUUAGGUCUGCGAGAUGCCGAUAAAUUAUUCUUAAACAUGGCGUGUUGUCUUGCUUUGGCGCCUUCUGGUCAUUAUUUUAGAGGCAUCAAAGUACUGAAGAAUAAAGUGAAUGAAUAUGAUAGAAGAUUCCACAAAAAAAAUGUUCAAAUUCCUUAGGUAUUUAGUAGCUUAUUGGGGACGAAGAAAAGAAAUUCUUUGUAUUGGUGACCGACCUCACCGAACAAAUAAUCUCUGUGAAUCUUUGAACAGCCGAUUAAAGGAAAAAUUAGGGGGCUUGCAUCCAGGAAUUUGGAAGUUUAUAGUUUUAUUGGAAAAAACAAUUGCUCUUGAGGAAAUAAGAUUGGUUGAUUUAAAGAAUGGAAAGUUUCUUGGUGUCCCAAUGAGCAGAAAAGAUAGAAAUCGCAACAGAAUUAUAUUUAAUGCCACUCAAGAAUUUCAACAUGGAGGAUAUCUAAACAUCUUUCUAGAAGACUGCGCUAACAUUUAAAAGUUUAUUCAUCAGGAAUGGUGUUCAUAGUGUUUUCAAUGGUUUUUAAAUUAUAAUUAUUGUUUAUAAACAAAAAGUAUAAAAGUAUAUGUGUUAAUAGUUUCCUACAAUUUAUUGCAUUUCUUU